UUUGCUAUGUUGUUAAACUUUACCGGUGUUUAUAGUAAUUUUUUAGUAGUUGCGAGUUAGUUAUGUGUGUGUAAAUAAUAUUACAAUACCAACCAUUCAUUGACAAUUGCUUAGUGAAUUGUUUGAAGUGGUGUGUAAGUUUCGAUGUGCAUACGGAGUGCAAACUAUGACCGCCCCAACCGCAGAACGAGGCUGCAAUUACAUUCCCUUACUGAACGGCUAUCGGAUACUCGACAUAUGAAUAAGUAACAAGAGGUGGCACCAUGGAAGAGGAACAAGAACAAUCCAAGCCCGGGUCCCCGCCUUCCUGCGGGGGCGGUGACGAGGAGCUGGAAUUGGAGGAAGCGUCCGCGGAAGAGGAGGAAGAGGAGACGCUGUCCCCGCCGGGCAGCCAGACGCCCUCCCAGCCUGCCACCAGCCCAGGAGCGUCUCCGGCUUCCUCGGGCUCCGUCCCCGCGACACCGGUGCAGGAGUCUCGGCUGAUGUUCUUCACCGGGAAGCCGCUGAACAUCAGGCGCGGCAGGGGCCGGCCGCCCUACAAGGAGAGGACGACGCAGAGGCAGGGCCGGCGCAACUCCCUGGGCAUCAAACUCAAGAGGUGGAAGAGUCUGACGAAAGAAUCUCCCAGCAGAGAAGGCGACCCCGAGCAGCCGAGCCCGGCAGGAGACGGAGACGGGGCCGGAGCCGAGACGGAGAAGGCACUACUGCCCGAGGAGCCACCCUACUUCCCUGAGCAGUGGCCGGGCAAGGUGUGCGCGCUGUGCAACCUGGGCGAGCGCAGCCAGCUGGGACAGGGGGACCUGCUGCAGCUGACGUACUCCCCCGAGGAGCUGGCCGCGCUGUUGAAGGAGCGGAGCGAUGCCGGCGCCGAGGGCGGCCUGUCGCUGGCGGGCGACGCCGACUCCGUCAUCGGCAGCAGCCCUAGCCGCGGGAACGGCCACGCUCCGGCAUUUGGAGGCCUCGCGGUGACUGUGCGGCGCCAGAAGAGCAUGGCCAAGUGCAAAAAUCCUUGCCCCACCAAUUCUGUCGAACCAGUGGACGAACUCAGUGUAGUCGGGUACCUUGACGAACCGGAUGUGGCGUCCAUCUUUGAAGCCUCGGGCCAUUUUUACGUCCACCAAGCGUGCGCACUGUGGUCGCAAGGUGUGACACGCUCCGAGGACCUGGUGUUCCGCAACGUGGCGUCGGCCGUGGUGCAGGCGGCCAACCGCCGCUGUUCGCACUGCGGCCACUUCGGGGCGAGUGUCGUGUGCAGGGUCGCCAACUGCGGGCGGGCACUCCACUUCCCUUGCAGUGCCGCAUCCGGUGCGUUCCAGGAGUGCAAGUCCGUCACAGUGGUCUGCAGCCUCCACUUGGAUCAGGUCCCCUUACUCUUGUCCGGAGAGGGGGCGUGCGUGAGCUGCUUCGGGCUGGGCGACGUCGCGAACCUGGUGAUGUGCACGGCGUGCGGACAGCACUGGCACGGCUUGUGCCUGUCGAUGGCGCUGCUGCCCGGAGUGCGCGCUGGCUGGCAGUGCCUGGGGUGCCGUGUCUGUCAGGUGUGCCGGCAGCCGGGCGAGGAGGAGUCCAAGAUGAUCGUCUGCGAGUCCUGCGACAAGGGCUACCACCAGACCUGUCUGCGGCCCGUCGUUACUACCGUCCCCAAGUACGGUUGGAAGUGCAAGUGCUGCCGCGUGUGCUCGGACUGCGGGUCACGCACGCCGGGUGCCGGCCACUCGUCGCGCUGGCACGCCCACUACACGGUGUGCGACUCCUGCUACCAGCAGCGCAACAAAGGCUUCUGUUGCCCACUGUGCCGACGCGCAUACCGCGCGGCAGCCUACCGUGGGAUGGUGCCGUGCAGUCUCUGCAGAAAGUUUGUACACGGAACGUGUGACGCCGAGGCUGACCUCGUAACGUACCAGCAGAGGAAAGAGAGCCAGCCGGACUACGAGUACGUCUGCCCCAUCUGCAAGAGCCUUACUCAGCCUGGUCGCACCCUGCUGCCCAAAGCUCGCAAAGACAGUGUGGACGAUGCAGGCCCAGACUCGAGCCUGUCGGCGUCCCGAGAGUCACUGUACCUGGAGGAGGAGAUGGAUGUGGAGACCUCUCCUUCAGAGAGGGAGUACACAUUCUCGGACCGAGCGGAGCUACGCGGGGCGAUCGGCCUCGGCAAGGGGAAGCCUUUCUGUGCCAGCAAGAUCGCCAAGAAGAAGCUGGGCCUGUCGGGCAGCGUGCGCGGCAAGGGCGGCCACGGCUACCACAAGCGGCAGCGCCUCACCGACUUUGGGCGCAAACGCGGGCCCAAGGCGAAGAUGAGGGGCGUGUUCGGGGCACCGGGAGUCGGCCUCCAGAGGCCCCAGGUGGACACGUCCCAGCAGAGCGGUGGGCGGCAGCCGGCAGACGAGGAGCACGGCAUAGAGAACAGGCUGGUGUUGUGUUCGGCCAAGGACAAGUUCGUACUGACGCAGGACCUGUGCGUCAUGUGUGGCGCCAUCGGCAUUGACCAGGAGGGCUGCCUCAUCGCCUGCUCGCAGUGUGGCCAGUGCUAUCACCCCUAUUGUGUCAACGUCAAGGUGACGAAGGUGAUCCUGCAGAAAGGCUGGCGUUGCCUGGACUGCACGGUGUGCGAGGGCUGCGGCCUGCGUGACGACGAGGCGCGCCUCAUCCUGUGCGACGACUGCGACAUCUCGUACCACAUCUACUGCAUGCAGCCGCGCCUCGAGUACGUGCCCCAUGGCAACUGGAAGUGCAAGUGGUGUGCCGUGUGCACCGUGUGUGGCAGCAACGACCCCGGAUUCAACUGCACCUGGCAAAAGAGCUUCACGGAGUGCGGUCCCUGCGCCUCGAUGAAUACUUGCCCGGCGUGCAGCGACGCCUAUUGCGAAGGAGACCUCAUUAUACAGUGUGUGCAGUGUGAGAGGUGGCUGCACUGUGCCUGCGACCAGAUCAAGACAGAGUCGGAAGCGGAGCGGUGUUCGGAGGAGGGCUACACGUGCCUGAUGUGCCGGCCGCGCGACGAGCCGCCCCCGCACCUACUGCCCUCGUCCAACCUCGCCCCCAGGCCUCCGCCACCAGUCUGCAAGAGUCCGGAACUACCACCGAAGGUCGGAUCGCAGGCACAGUUCUAUGUGGACGGUGUCUGCCUUUCGGAAGUGGGGUUGCACCAGAUCAAGUCACUGACCAUGGAGCAGCAGAUCGUCCCACGGAAGAAGAGGUAUUCACGAAAGCUGUCGACGAAGGCCGACAAGGAGGCCGGCAUAAUGGCUACAAUAGAGUCCGUCGUCGCGGGAGGCAGUCGAGACGAGCAGCCGAUUGUGAAAGUGGAGCCGGCCAUCGAGUAUAGGGAGGGCAUGGUGUGGCACGCCGGGGAGGACGGCGGCCCUGCCGAGCCGCCGGAGGGCUUCACGGUCUACACGACGGACAGCGGUGUCAUGAUUUUGCGCAGGAAGAGGCAGCGCAACCUGCAGAAGCUCGGUAUCGGAGGCUUCGUCGUCCGACUCCGCGGCACCCGGUACAAGGACGAAGAGGGCGGGGUCGGGGCAGACGGUGUGGGGAGUGCCGCCUGCUCUACCGGAGAGACGAUCGGGGGAGGAGCCGCCGUCCACGGCCACGGCACCGAGGACGGCACGAAGCCCCGCCGCAAACCGAAUCGGAGGAGGCCCCGUAACCGCCUCAUGGAGUGCUACCCUUCGUACCUGCAGGAGGCAUUUUUUGGACGGGAGCUCUUGGACACAACAAAGGAGAAAGAAAUCGGUAGCAGUGACUCUGAAGGAGAGUCAGCGACACCUAAUGUUGGCGAGGACAAGAUUAUACAGCUAUCGCAGGAUGAAAUAAAAGCUAUAGAGGAACUGAAACCAAAAGAAGAAAGUGAAACAGAGAAGCAAGACAAGAAGGGGGACAAUGAAGGAGAUAAUUCGGGCAGCAAGUCGCCAGACAAGGAGCAGGUGGCCGGUGACGAUGCCGACGGGAGCGACUCCGAGGUGCUGAACAUGCUGCCGUUACCGGGUGACCUACUGGACACCGACCUCGUCGACACGAUCAUGAACGAGGACGAUGACGACAUUGCAAAAACUGGGGAUAACCUCGACGAAAUUGGCGAAGACUCGGAGUUGAAUGACUCACUUCCUAUAACAGACGGUGGGGCAGACGUUUCGGGGACCAGUCAGAAGGACGAGCUCACGGACAUCUUGAGUCCGCACUUUAACCUCGAGUCUAUGGUGCGAGACACUGGUCUCCCCAACAUGGACAGCCGUGACGUGGAGGAAAUCAUCAAAGGAGUGCUGACAGACGAAGAGUCCCAGGAGUCGGUGUUUCCCACGGGAGCUGCUGCCGCCCAGCAGUCUUCAGGAGUGCAGCCCAACGCAGCUCUGCAGAGGACGCAGGUGGGGGGACCGCUGCCACCUGUCGUACCUUCGAGCCUGUCGUCACCAUCGCCCUACCAUUCCGAGUACAGCAAUAGUCCGCAGUUCAGCCCUGCUUUCUCGGAGCCGGCCAGCCCGUGGAUGUCUCCUGCUGAAGUCGGUGACGGUGAUGGCGUUUCCUCGUACAAUGCUCGCACGGCAUUAAAAAUGGAGGCAGAUGAGCCGCUGGGCGACCAGGCUACAAUAUCUGCCGUACUGUACGCAAACCUCCACCAUCCGGAGCUGAAGAAGGAAUUCCCAGCUUGGAACGAUCGAGCGAAACAGAUCCUGAAGAAGUGGAGGUCAUUACCGUCGGAGCGUAAGGCGCCAUACCUGCAAAUGGCCCGGGAGAACCGAACUGCACAGCGGAUGAAGAAGACGCAGCAGGACCAGGAGCGGCUACUGCAGCAGCAGAAGACGUCACGUGAGGCGGAACAGGAGCGGCAGUGGAAGCAGCUGCAGGCGCUGCGCCAGCAGCAGGCGCACCAGCACCAGCAAGUGAUCCAGGAGCAGCGCGUGCAGGCAAUGGCGAGAGUGCACCGACAGAUGAGUGUUGACGGCAUCCCAUUCCCUGCAGAGUCGCAGCAAGUCGCUGCCGGACUAUCGCCUCAGGACGGUUGUUUGACGUCACCGGUGGGCAUCCGUCCACCCCCGUUCCCGCCACCUGCGGGGAUUCCUUCAGGUGCCCAGAAGGGGCAGCGACUGCCGAGUCCAGGUGCGGGUGCGGUUCCGGGCGGCACGAUUUUCCCGCACCCCGCAGCAGCCGCCGUCACGGGGGUGGGCGUCCCACGGCCGCCGGUGCCACCCCCACAGUCUCAGCGCACCUUCCAGCCGACCCUGGUGGGGAUCCCCCCUCUACCCGAGCAGCCGCAGCAGGUGGCUGUGUUCCGGUCGGCCGCUUCCGACGUCGUGGACCCGUACGCCCAGCCGCCGCACACCCCGAGGCCCCCAGCUCAGCAGCAAUUCCCACCAAUGAUGGCUGCAGUGCAGAGGUACACCCCGACACCGUACCCUCAAGGAGCCCCACCACCGCCUCCGCCCGGUAUGCGCGCCGUCCAGUUUGCUGCCGCUGCCGGAGGACCGGCCCCCCCGCGACACGGGUUUACCCCGCGCGGUCCGGACGCGGGCGGGUACGUGACGGCUGCCGGCCUGGGCUUUGUCCGCCCCGGCCCGCCCGUCGUACAGGCCCACGUGGGCGCGCCGCCUCAGUCUGCCGGCGUAGGUGUGGGCGGUGUGGCGGCCGCAGAUCCGUAUGCCGUGCCGGCUCUGACGCCUAGACCUGCACAGGAACAGCUGCGGGACCUCCUGCAGACCAAGAAGGCGGCAGACGAGCAGCCGGGGCCCAGGCUGUGGGCGGCAGAUCAGUUGGCGCCGCAGCAGCACGGUGGCGCGGAGGUGGCGGCGGACCCCGGCGCGGAGUUCCGGCAGCCGCUGCCACCUGCGCCGUCGCGCCCUCCACGCCUCGCUGCCCCCGCUGUCAUCAGGGCUGCCCAGCUGCCACUGCAGGCACAGGCUGCACUCAGGGCGCCCCUCCAGGGCCUGGACCCGAGAAUCCGACACGUUCUGCAGCAGCGGUACCCGGGAGCGCUGCUGCGUGCGCAGCGCAACCCUCUGGAUCCAUACGACCAUCUGGUGCAGCAUACCCAGCCGCAGGCGCCCCCACAGCCACACCACCAGGAACCGCCCCCACAGCCGUCGCCGUUCACUACUGCCGGUGCCAUUGUGUCAUCAGAUGCUCAAGAAAUACCUGAAAGUGUGACCGAAGAGCUAGAGAAGUUGGAAGAAGAAGGCGUCGGAGCGAUACUUGGAGAACUGGGCGACGAUGACGAACUGCUUGAGAUGGGCAACGAUUUCAACAUCUUGGAGUAUGCGGAUCCGGAACUGAGCAGUGUAGUGGGAGGAGAAAAGACGAACAUACUGGACGACAACCUGGACCUGGAGGAAGUAGCGGCAGGAAGGACAAACGACGAUCACAAAGGGGUCAAGAAGGAGCCGCCGGCGACUGCCGUGAGCGCGACACCCGCCGUCCGGCCACCUGCCCCGACACCGUCCACCCCGACGAGUCACUCGUCAACGCCAAAGUUAGCCGAGACUCCAUCCCCGAGACAGCAGGUAAAAGAAGAGAGCUCUGAUCAACCGGUGGCUCCAAGCACAAGUUCCUCUACUCCGGAACAACAGGUAUUGGCGAGGCAGGCCUUCCCGGGCACCAGCCCCACCCACUACGCCGGCGGUGCACCCGGCGGGACGUCUCCGUCGGCAGCGGCGACGGGACUGCACCUGCAGCGACUCCCUAUACAUGUGCAAGCUGUGAUCCACCACCAGCAACAGCAGCAGCGCCUGCAGCUGCGGCCCGCCGGCCCGCAGCGCGUCGUGUCGGUGGCUCCGGCGACCGGCCAGCGCCUGGGCCUCGCCCCGCCACCUCCGCCCUACCCAGGGCCGCCGCCCCCGUACCCGGGUCAGCAGGUGCAGGUGAGCCUGCGCAACCUGAUGCCUCCGAGGGCGCAGACGCCGGCGCCCCAACCUCAGCCGCAAGGUGCAGCCGUCGUCCAGCCGCGCAGGCCACUGCUGCUACAGGAGCAGCCCCUGCUGCUGGAGGAACUCCUCGAGCAGGAGAAACGUGAGCAGCAGCAGCAGCAGCAGCAACAGCAACAACAGCAGGAGGGGCCCGAGGCCGACUUCUCCGCGGGGGCCGCCGGCGUCACACCGCAGUCUCCCCAACAAGGACAAGGUGCACUCCCGAGCCCAGGAGGCCUGCGUCAGCAGUUCCUGGCCGGCGGCGUGCGGCCGGUAGUCCCCACCUCUCAGCAGUCACUGGGUACCGGGGCCACCACGGCGCGGCCUCCUCCGCCACCCCAGGGUCCGCCAUCCGGAGAAGCUGCCGGAGGCAGCAGAGUCCUCCCGUUCAGCGCGCCGAGCCUGCCGCCUCCGCCUGCGCCGCCGCCGGACGACGUCGUGACGGAGGCGGACAGGCAGCAGCAGGCGGCGUACGAACAGUGGCUCUCACACCAGAUGCAGCUCGUGUCCGCCCAGCUCAAGUAUUACGAGUGUGAGGUCAGCAAGCUGCGCAAGACUCGAAAGUCCCUGAACAGCAAGCAGCGCUCACUGCGCAAGGCGGGGUCGGAGCUGGGGGAGGCGGAAGCCGGACAGCUGGCGCAGGUGACGGCGGAGACGGCGGCUCUGCAGAAGCACCUGGAGGCGGCACGCCGGCAGAGCCGCCAGCACAGCAUGCUCGUGCAGGAGUACCGCAACAAGCAGCAGCAGAAGCAGCGUUCGCAGCUACCGGCUGGCGGAGGCGCGGAGCCCCCGUCUCCGACGUACGUGGCGCGCUCGCCGACGGUGCCUUCGCCUGCCGGAGGGGGGGCGUCGCCGCUCCCCAGCCCCGGGGGGUCCGCGGCACUGCAGCAGCAGCAGCUGAUGGCACCGAGCCCGAGCUCUGCUGCCAACCGCGGCCAGUCGCCUUCUCCCCGCACGGGCACACCUCAGUCGCAGCACGGCGAGGAGAGCGCUUUCAGCCCGGGAGCGCAGAUGCCGUCACCGGGACGCCUGACUUCGCCGUCACCCCAGCAGAGGAUGUCUUCGCCACAGCACCGGACGACACCUGGCCCGUUUCCCUCUGACCAGAUGAGGAUCCAGCACGCGGUCCCCCGCUUUGCGCGCUCCCCCCUCGGGCUGGGGACGCCGCAGCCGCAGCCGGCCGCCGCCUCCUCCCCCGCGGAGUUGCACCGCCCGCGCAGCUUGCCGGCCGGCUACGGGUCGGGCGCCAGUGAGCGGGCGUCGCCCGUGGGCGGGCGGCCCUCGGGGGGCGCGGGCUCGUCGCCGGCGACUCCUGCGGCGCUGGCCACGCUGCAGCCGCGCCAGCAGCAGCUCUCCCUGCAGCAGCGCCACCAGUUGCUGCAGCAACAGCAACAGCAGAUGCUGCAACGCCAGCAGCAGCUCCUUCUGCUGCAACAGGGAGGUGGCAGCCCGGCCCCGCCACCGCAGAGCCCGACGACUCCGUCCCCACGGCAGCAGCUGACCCCCCAGCCCAGGGUCUCCGGCAGUCCGCAGGGUGCGGAGCACCCGCCCACGCCUCAGCAGCAGCAGGAUCGGCAGCACGACGGCGACGGUGGAGGUGGAGGUGAAGGUGGGGGUGGAGGGGGUGGCAACCCGCACAACCCUCAGAACCCCAUCCCCAUUCUGAGGUUGUUUGGCCGCUACGGCACUUUCAAGCUCGGCCUACGCGGAGGAUCGCCGAUGUGGGGGUACGGACAGCCACCGUCUACCGGCGCCGCCGGUGGGCGCGACAGUGGGAGCGGGGGCGGCGGCGGCAACGGAGGAGGCAGUUCGGCCCCCCCUACACGCCAGCAGCCGGACACGUCACUCGUCUGCGCCGACUACAACGAUUUUGACGACGAGAGCUCGCACACUCCUCCGUCUGCACCUGGCGAGAAGGACGCCACCCGGCCGCACGCCUCGGUCACGGCAGAGGAGGAAGUCGCGUGCGAUGCCGGUGCCGGGACGCCGCCGCCGCAACCGCAGACGCAGACGCAGCCGCCUCCCCGGGGGUCCGCGAUCCCGUCGGUACUCGGUUCGAACGGUGACCUCCCGAGGGACAGGUCGGAGCUGGAACCUCCGGGAAGAAUUGCCAUUAUAGGACCUCGCUCGGGUCCAGAGAAGAUAGUGGCAACGACCGACACCCCCGAAUCGCCGGAUCAGGUUGAAAUGAAUGUAGAUCCAUCACCAGAACCAUUCCUGCCCACCCCAGAGACUGUGGGUAGCAAAGAGGAAGAAGAAAUGGCAAUCCACCAAGAAGAAGUUGUCAUUCAAGUGGACAAGUCUUCAGGAAAGCAGGAUUCUGCACGAGCAGGAGCUGACGAGUGCCACGCGGAAGGGAAGCUGCCGUCGGCACCGGAAAUGUCGCCCUUUGCGACGCCGACUCCGCCUCCUCUCCCGCCUCCCGGCACGCCCUCCCACACGCCGCCCGCCACCCCGCAGAGCCCGAGGGUGGCUGCACAGUCGCCUUACCAGCACCAGCAGCCCGUCACGGCGUCGGUCAUAGCUCGCCGCCCGACGCCCUCUCCUCCUCAGCACCAGCAGAGUCACCACCAUUACCAGCAGCAGCUACAACAGCACCAGCAACAACAACAGGAAGAAGAAUCGCUCCAGAAGCAGAUGCAGAAGACGUCUCCGUCCUCUUCGGUGCACGAGACGGCGCACUUGUCGUCUAGGCUACCCCCGUACGGGUUAACUCCGACAUCGCGGGCCACCGGUGUAAGCGUCAUAGCCAGCACACCUCGGAUGUCAGCAUCUGAGCAGACAGGUGUUCCGAAUGCCGACGAGAGGAACAGGGCGGAGCCGAGACCGAGUGUCCUCGAAGGCCCGGCGGCGAGGCAGUUGGCGGACGUAGAGAACUCGUUCAAGGUCAUACAUUCCAUAGUUACAGAAGCAAAAUCACAGAGUUCGACCCAACAGCAUUCUGAAACGAGACCGACCGUAUUCGCCGUAGCCGAGAAAUCGCGUGCUCACCUUCAGGACGAGAAUCUGUCGGCACCGAUCCCGCGGUCUGAAGAAAACAUUUCGGUUCCCGUCUCUCUGGGACCGGUUUCGCACAGAAGUCAGCCCGUCGACGACCGUUUCCGGUCGGCAGUUCCCACGAGUAGCCACGCGGUCGGCGUCGUUUCUCUCGACAGACGACUCGCGCCCGGGCCCGGGCCGCCCUACGAGACCACACGGGUGGAUACGCUCGUGACGGGACCGGCAAACGUCGAACGGCGAGACUCGGAGCAGGCGAUUAGAGCGUCAGUCCUGGGAGACCGACUGCGAGCCGCCGCCGCCGCCGCAGCUGCAGAGCGGUCGCGCUCCCUCGACUCCGAGCCUGGUGUCGUCCGUUCCGUGCUGGAGAGCCGUCUCAUUGGGCAGCAGCAGGUCCCGACUUCAAGCCCUCAGAUGCACCACCACGUCGUCCCACCGCCCACGUACAGACCACUGCAACAACAACAACAACAACAACAACAACAACAACAACAACAACAACAACAACAACAGCUGCUGCUGCAGCGGGCCGGUGCUGCCCCUGUGACUUCGCGCAGCGUGUCGACGCCAUCGCCUCUGCAGCAGAUGCCGGCCGUGUCGUCGCCGGUCCAUCAACAGCCACGCUCUGCCGAGCAGUCUCCCGCCUCUGCAGUGCACCAGUACGUCUCCGUCAACACGUAUGGAGGUGUCGUCAGAUCACCACCGGUCGCAAGGACGCCGACGACACCGUCACCUCGAUACCACCUGCAAGACUCGUCGCCACCCCCACUGUCGUACCAACAGUCGGCGACCACUUUCGUGCACAGCUAUGCAAAACCUUCGAUCAAGCAAGAGGAUUCACCAAAACAGGUGCGCCCCGCGGACGACUCGCAGAACGUGCUGCUGAAGCAGCUGCUGCAGAACGCGGGCUGCGCGUCGGGCGGCCAGCUGGCGCGGCCGGUGCCUCCGACGCCCUCGGCCCUGCUGCCUCCGCUGCUGGACGAGCGGGCGCGGCCGCCCCCGCCCCCGCAGGCGCAGCAGCGGGCCGCGGCACAGGCGCCCCGGCGUCCCGACGUAGGCAUCGCUCUGCUCUCCUGUCGCACGCACGGUGUACUCGGUCUGGUCAAACAGUUGCAACUUGAACAACCUCAGCAACAACUUUACCACCAGCAGCAACAGCAUCUAGCUCAGCAGCAGCAGCAGCAGCAGCAGCAGCUGAGCCUGCAGCUGACACCGGGCGAGCAGCGAGUGCGCGGCCCCGGGUCUGGCGCCGAGCUGCUGUCGCCACCCACGCCGCGAUCGUUCACCUCACCGUCCGCAUCGCCGCUCACCUCUCCGCAGGUGGCAGGCAAGGGUGGGCCCCAGCAGAUCAGCCCCAUGCCAGCGAGUGAGAUUAAACGGGAGCAGCCGGACGUGCUGAGCCCCACCGGCAAGCUGGAGCCGAAGGAUGAGGCGAUGGACCUUCUGGGCCAGGACCAGGCGUCUCUGGAGUUGAAGAAGUUAAAAAGGCGCCAAUACCAGCAGAAGCGCCGUCAGAGCCAGGGCAAGGAAGCUUCGACAACCCCGAAGAAGAGGCCGCGCAAGGCGGAAGAAGACUACGACACGUUCGUGGAGAACGUGAUGACGCAGUUGCGGCAGUUGCCACCUCUGUCGAUUCUCGAGCCGACUCUGGCCAGGAACCACUCGGCGUGCCCCGUGUUCGGUGCAGGCGACGCUACGAAGGUGGGACCCCUGACCGGAGAACUGCGCGGCAGAUAUGGGAGCGCAUCGUUACCCAACGUUUCGGACCAUUACAACACGAGGCCAUUCGGUCCUCUGCCGCCGCUGCCUCCUCUCCCACCUCCGUCGACACAGCGAGGGUUUUACGACCAGGAGUUUGCUUCUGUUCGUUUUGAUAAUGACAGUGACGAUAAAAAAGAUCAUCGAGAGAGAGAUAACGACACGCCGGACACCAUUAUAAGUUCGUCUUCUCCUGAGUGUGUUUUCAGAGAUCUGCCACUUCGUUUUCCAGGUUUACAAUUAAUUAAAGAUGAAGACGAAGACGAAAGCGAGGAAGACAGCAAGGCGUGGGCAGCACGCCGCACCUCUCCUGUCAUUCCACUCGUCACUCCGAUACCCAUCCGGCUGCGCCCACCACCACACUACGCCAAGGAUGCUGCCGAUGUGGACAAGGAGAAUGCCGGAGGGCCUCAACUGCUGGUGCGCCAGCGGUUCGGCCCGUCCCCACCGGCUCCGUUGCGCGACUCUGGCAACGUGACGGUGACACUGACGCUAACGGCCGCUGCCGCCGAGGACAUUGCGGGCGUCCUGCACCGGCUGGCCGGCAUCCUGCGAGUGCCGGCGCCCGCGGCAUUUGACGUAAUCGAGAGGACGAGUACGCCGCCCUCCCAGAAGUUGGGGCUGUACCGGACUCGCGGGAAGGACGGCAAGGAAGGAGCUCCCGUAGAUAUCCAGAGCAUCCUGAACGGCGCCGCAAAAUUUUGCCGUCACUGCGACGUCGUGAUCCUGACGAACCUGAUACGCAAGAAGGUGAGCGAGAUCCCGGGUCUGUCGGCGCGGGAGGAGCUGGUGGCGGACACGGGGCCCGACGGGGACGUCUACUUCUGCAGUGCCGCCUGCUACAUGCAGUUCGCCCUCAUGCACCGCUCCCCGACUCUCAACCAGCAGGAGAAGGCUGCAGCUGUCGUGGACCACGUGAGUCAGGAAAUGAAGCGAGAGGUGAAAAUAAAGGAGGAAGUGGUGGAGCCGGCACAGGCAGAGUCCGCCGACGGAGAGCACGAAGCGGACAAGCUCGUAAUAAAGAUCAAGGAAGAACUGCCGGAUCCAGACGAAACGUCUCAGACCUCCAUCGAGCCCGUCACGCCGACCGGCAAGGCAAAAGUGGAAGAGCCCACGAGUGCGGAGCCCUCGGCAGAGGAAUUUCAGCGCCCCGAGAAGCGCAGCCACCGGGCGGCAGCUGGCGAAGAGCCCGCCCGCAAGGUGUGGAAGGGCGUCCGCUACCGCUACUGGAGCCCGGGCUCCAUACAGCCGGCAACCAAGUACAAGAAGCCGACCGAGCGGGAGAUUACAGAGAUGCUGUUUCGCAUGGGGAUCACAAUGACACCAUCAAAAAUGCCCGAGGACACUCGCAAAUGCCUGUUCUGUCAUCAGAUAGGAGACGGAGUGGCCGACGGGCCCGCCAGGCUUCUCAACUUCGACGUGGAUCGCUGGGUGCACCUGAACUGUGCACUGUGGUCGGACGACGUGUACGAGACGGUGAACGGUGCACUGAUGAACCUGGAGAGUGCGCUGCAGCAGGGGAUGCAGGCGACGUGCGCACUUUGCACCCAGGCGGGUGCCACGGUGCGCUGCUUCAAGCUCCGCUGCUCCUCCGUCUACCACCUGGGCUGCGCUGUCAAGGACGGCUGCGUCUUCUACAAGAACAAGUCGAUGUACUGUGCCACCCACAUACCGAAGAACGAGAAGGACAACGAGCUGACGACACUGGCUGUGUUCCGGCGCGUGUACGUGAACCGUGACGAGAACCGGCAGGUGGCGGCAGUUAUGCACCAGUCGGCGGACCAGAGCAACCUGCUGCGUGUGGGCGGCCUCAUCUUCCUGAGUGUGGGGCAACUGCUGCCACACCAGCUGCACGCCUUCCACUCGCCCUCCUGCAUCUACCCCAUUGGCUACAAGAUUGUGCGCUUCUACUGGAGCAUGCGGGUGCCGAACAAGCGGUGCCGCUACGUGUGCAGCAUCCACGACGUGGCGGGCCGGCCCGAGUUCCGCGUGCUGGUGCAGGAGCCGGCGCAGGACGACCUGGAGCUGCGCGACACGUCGCCGCGCGCCGUCUGGGCGCGCAUCCUGGAGCCGCUGGCGGCGCUGCGGCGCCAGCAGGGCGGCGUGCAGCUCUUCCCCAAGUACCUGUCCGGCGAGGACCUGUUCGGCCUCACCGAGCCGGCCGUAGUACGCGUGCUCGAGAGCCUGCCCGGUGUGGAGACACUGACGGACUACCGCUUCAAGUACGGGCGCAACCCGCUGCUGGAAUUGCCGCUGGCCGUCAACCCGUCGGGCUGCGCACGAACCGAGCCCAGGGCGCGUGGCCAGCUGCCGUGGAAGCGGCCGCACACGCAGCGGACGUCGACGCUCAACCGCAAUGCGCCCUUCGUCCCCGCCCUCACGUACGGUGGCAUCCAGGGGGAGGCGGCGUGCCCCUACUCGAAGCAAUUUGUCCACUCCAAGAGUUCCCAGUACAAGAAGAUGAAGCAGGAGUGGAGGAACAAUGUGUACCUGGCCAGGUCCAAAAUACAAGGGUUAGGUCUUUACGCAGCACGAGACCUGGAGAGACACACGAUGGUCAUAGAGUAUAUCGGGGAAGUAAUCCGCACCGAAUUGUCUGAAGUUCGUGAAAAACUGUACGAAGCGAAGAAUCGAGGUAUAUACAUGUUCCGCCUGGACGAAGACCGUGUGGUGGACGCUACCCUGUCGGGCGGCCUCGCUCGGUACAUUAACCACUCGUGUAACCCCAACUGCGUGGCGGAGACUGUAGAGGUGGAGAGGGACCUCCGCAUCAUCAUUUUUGCCAAGCGACGCAUAUCACGUGGUGAAGAGCUGGCGUACGACUACAAGUUCGACAUCGAAGACGACCAGCACAAGAUACCGUGCAAUUGCGGGGCUCCCAACUGCCGUAAGUGGAUGAACUGAGCCGGCCGCCACUUCCGGAAGGAGCGACCGCCGAGUACCCGAUCGCCUCUCCGAGUGGGACACCGGUCGCGUCGUAGUGCGUACCCGGGUGUCGAGGGGUCGCUUACAAAAUGUACCCUAGUUCGAGAGGUUACCUGCGGUGUGGUGCCGUAAGGACUUAAUCUGAUGCCUUAACAAUUUUGUUGCCUUAUAUUACACACUGGGAGAACUGACAGCUCGAAGUUACAUCCUCCCUCUCAAAGUACACGCUAAGGUCCGUUAUUUCUUCGGUUAAAUGUGCGGUCCAGGAGAGAACACCUCGAUGCACGUGUGAGAGGAGGAAUGUAAAACUGACAAUACUUUUAAGAGUGCCUGCGUCAGCCAGAUUCCCGAGUAAAAUCGGGAUCACGUACUCGUAGUAGGUCGGUACACGGGUAACUGAUUAACUCACUUCACCGACCCGCCUUAUACAACAAUAAUUGUAUGAAAUUUAUUUUGAGAAAUUUAGGUAACUGCCGUUCAGAAGUGACCUUUGACAAACAAUAUUUGUGUCAUUAGAUUGUGGUGACGGACAUCUUGUGAAUGCAAUCUGAAUGACACAGUGUUUUCAGCUGGGAAGUUGUGGUGGAAAGCUACUUUGGGGCCGGACUGUAGCACAGUCAUUUUCUUGUGUUGGAGAGACCUCACUUUGGCACCUGGUGUUACUGUUUUCCUUUAGAGUGCUCAUUGUGUGGCUAGUAUGAUCACUUGUUCUGCAGAGUGUUUUGUACCACAGUUUUCUUUUUAAUGUGAUGUUUACAGAGAGCCAUUUGGCAGUUUGUGCACCGCACGUGUUACUCGUGACUGUGAAACUGGCAUAUCUCCAAUAGUGUGUGCAUCAUUUCUCGUAGUUGUGUGCUGCCAGUUUAAGAUUCUCUUCUGUAGCUCGAAAGGUGUUCGUUUGUUAGAAUAGUGUAACCGGUCACACGCAUUUUGUUACAAACCGCUCGACUGUAUUUUUACAGUGUCAUUUAGUGACAACAGUGCCUGCUGAAGAGAUGAGGUGGUCUUUUUAAUUAUUAUCUAAAUGAUUCCAUUGGUUGUGUUUAAAACUAUUUCAAAUGGGCGUUUUAUCAAAAGAAUUUUAUGUGUAUACGUUUCUGUUGUACACGUAUGUAAUAUGGAAGUUAGGAAAUUUCAGGGUUGAGCAUUGGUGUGUGAUGUAUUAAAGCAAGAGUAAGUGUAUAUUGAGAAAUGCCUUAAAUAUGGCUACUUUACCAGAGAACAAAUUGUGAAUAUGUAUAAUUUUUUUAGUGUAUAGUAUAAAUUGCUUGAUAGAAGCUAAUAGCCAAAGUUUUUGAAAGAUGUUAAUUUUUCCUAGCAAACAGUCUUUGAGAGAUUUGUUACGGUGCAAUAUUAUGGUAUGUAAUAGCUAUUGAGAUCACAGAUGCUUAUUCUUUACUUUUAGAAAUGUCAAGGGCUAUCCACCGCAGAUUUCAGUUUGUCAUCAUGUAGUCUUAAUUUUGUGUGCACGGCUCUUUUACAAUUUUUAAGAAAGAAAUGUCUGUAUUCUGUACUAAAUGAUUUAAUUUCAAGAUUAUUUUUUUAACAAUCAUGAUUUUUGUACACAUGUGUUUCUUUACUAAAAAUAGAUGCCCGUUACUCAAUACCGACUGUGCGUGUGCACAAAAAUGUGUACAAAAACGGCCAGUGUGUAAUUCUGUUCGUGUAGUGUGAGCAGUGUUUGAGAAAUCUCUCGUCACUGGCAAAACCGGCAGAGAACGAUGUGCUGCGAACAGUCAGAUUUUACUAGCUAAUGGUAGCUGCCUGCUAAGUGGGCGUGAUAGCCUCACUCUACGAGGUAUCGUUACAGAUUGUUCACGGUGUAUUUGAGAGUUGUGAAUAGUUUUUUCUAUAGGCAGCAGUUUUUUAUUUUGUACGAUUGUAAUUUUUGAUCCGGUGCCCGAGUGAUUUAAUAUUUGACCAGUAGCUGAAUAAUUAUUGCUGCGGAAGAUUUCACUUAUUCCUACUGACCGUGUAAUUUGGUUCUCAGUGCAAUUAACAGUGAAAUAUUGUAGGGCUCUUUUAAAUUGAAGUAAAAACCCUUACUUCCAUUUGGUUUUUUAACAUUUUACUGAAUGGCACCAGUUGAAAUUUUAAAUACUGGUCAAAUGUGUAUCUGAUUCAAUAAUCUUGGAAGUAAAUCAUUUGUGUUAACAGUUUUUCAAAUGCUCGCACCUUCCACAGAAUGGUGUACGACACAUGUUUCGUGAAAUGUCAGUUGUGGAGAAACUGUGAAGACUUACGCAAUGAUGACACCAUAGUUACCCAGUUCUUUGACAGUUAUAUUGUGAGUUCUUAUAUUUGUCUUGUCUUUUUUUGUAAAUAUGAAACUUUUGUAUGAUAAUUUUCACCAUGUAAACAUGUGCAAGUGAUUUGAUUGAAGUGUCCACAUUUUUGUUUAGUGUGAAAAUUGUUGGAAUGAUGAAUAUAUGAUUGAAAUGAGUAA